AUGACAAUGCUCUUGAAAGCCGCUGUCAUCAUUUUCUCCGCACCUCUUGUGUAUGGGUACACCACCUUCAUCACCGAAUGCACCAAACCAAAUGCAACUAUUAAUUACGUAUCAUCUACCGGUACUCGAGGAACUUUGGAUAUACUCUGGAGCUGUCUUUUUACCAUAUUCGCCUGCACGUGGACCGUUCUCCACCUCAAUGUUCCAGAGCAGCGGGACGGCCGUGACCUGGGCUGGAGAGGAAACAUCAAGUGGUUGAUGAAGGGGUUCUUGAUCAAGUUUAAAUGGAUGCUGAUGACGGUUGUUGCACCUGAAAUUGUACUUGCAAAGAACCUCGCCGAUCUCGAGGAUGCCAAAGCAGGUAUCAUGAGGCUUGAGGAAUUUGCAAACGAAGACUACGCAGCUUGGAGUGAGACGCACGAUCUAUUCGCCAAUAUGGGCGGUUUUGUGAUCAAGUCUAAUAUACUGAAUAGAAAUGGCGACAUCGACCAGGAGUCUCGAAACUUACCGCAUGGACAGCUGACAGAAGCCGCACACGCGCUCCAAUCUCACCAUAUAUUUUGGUUGCGAAAGAAUGGGUAUUUGAUUCAUAACAAAUUACCUAACCUGAGCAUAGGUAUGUCGGUGCUUUCACUUGUUCUUUAGAUUCUUAGAGAUCACAUUCGUACCUCACGAAACCAUUCUCUCCAAUUAUUUUCUGAGAACAGAACUGACCCCAAGAACUUGGCGCAGAAGAAAUACUUGAUAAAAGCAAGAGUGACCCUUUUGUUCGAUUUCUCGCCGUUGUACAGAUUCUUUGGAUGACAGUGCAGAUUAUUUUGCGAAGAGAGAAGCGCCUCGCUACCUCUCAGCUUGAAGUUGCCGUCCUUGCUUUUGCAGUGCUUGCCGUCGCCAUUUAUAUUGCAAAUUGGAAGAAGCCACAGGAUGUACGGACACCAAUUACGAUUUUAUCAUACAGAGGCGAUCACCCAAAAGCAGUCAUGGACGCCAUUGGAGAAGACGACGACACCAGUAUCCCGCUGGAGUUUCUCAGGGUGCUACGCGAACUUUUCCUGAAGGACCCUUCUCAUCGCUAUAGGAUCCCCAAUAUAUAUGCUGGUACGCAGCACAGCAAUAGUACCAGUAACGGCAUCUUUAUUAUAAGCAAUGUGUGGUUUGGAGCGGUUCAUCUAGUUGCUUGGAACUUUAGUUUCCCUACACCAGCAGAGCGUCUUCUAUGGCGAGCCACAAGUAUCUAUUUGACUGGUGGUAUCCUCUUGUUACUGGGGAUUAUCGUAAUAUUGAUAAUGGUAAACGAUAAGGUAGAAGAUAAGGGGUGCAAUAGAAUAAUCGAGUGGAUUAUUUUGAUGUUUUUGCUAUCCGUACUGUUCUCCUAUGUAGUCUUGUACGUUUUGUACAGACUCUUCAUUAUUGUGGAAAUGUUCCGUUGUUUGUUUUUCCUUCCACCUAGUGCUUAUAUUGCAACAUGGGCAACAGAUAUACCUCACGUUUGA